AUGCUGCUCAAGUACCUAACGCCGAAGUCCUUCAGCCUCGCUCUCAUCGCAGGCCUCGCAAUCCACAUACAUGCCUCAUAUCUUGACUAUCCCACAACCUCGUCAGCACGCCAGCAAUGUGCUCUAGAUAUCCCAGUCUCGUUCCAGCACGGGUCAUACCGCAUGAGUCCAUUGCCUCUAGAUGAUACUACCCUAGACUUGCCUUCCAGCUACAGCCCCUGGACCCAUCCUCCGGCCUGCCUCACCUCCCUCUUGGACUCCUCGGAGAAGUAUUGCAUCUACACAAACGACGGCCAGGGCUCCAAUGGGGUAAGCAUCAUCACCCGCCCAUCGCUGGCGGCCGCCAGCGCGGCGGUGCUGCUGAACGAGAAACUCUCCGACCACUUCGCCGCACGGGCGGGGCGGAACGACAGCCAUCUACACCUGCUCCCAUCGGCCUUACCCGGGUCUCCAUCCUCCUCAGUACCGGUGGAACUUCCCUAUGAGAUCGUCAAUAUGUCGGAGAAGGGGAAGGGCGUGCUGGCCACGCGCCGCAUCCGCAAAGCCGAGGUGCUCAUGCUCGACCACGCGUCGUUGCUCGUGGCCGCGGCGUUCCCGGGUUCUGUGAGGCAAGUGGAUGGGUAUGAGAUCCUUCACCGAGCUGCGGACCAGCUGCGGGACCCAGGGCGCGUUCUCGGGCUUGGGAGGUCCAGUAAGGGGGCGGCGGACGUACUGGAAGAUGUGAUAAGGACGAAUUCGUUUGCGUUUGACUUGGGCGGGGAGCCGCACAUGGCCGUCUAUCCAGAGAUCUCGAGGAUCAACCAUGGGUGCAAUCCCAACGCAUUUGCACGAUUUCUGCCUCAUAGUCUCGCUGCGAGCAUCAUCGCAUUCCGGGACAUUGAGCCAGGGGAGGAAAUAACCAUCAGCUAUAUUCCCUUCGCCAGUCCCACCUCGGAACGGCAAGCUCUCUUGUCGCGCUGGAACUUCAACUGCACAUGCGCACUCUGCGCCUCGUCGCCUUCGACCCGGGCAUCGUCCGACUACCGGCGCACCAAGAUCCGUUCCCUGCGCGAGGAGAUCUUGGAGGCCAUCGGCAAGCGCGACGGGACGCGCGCCGUCACCCUUUCGCACGAGGUGCUGCGACUGGCACAGAUCGAGAAGCUGGAGCCGCUCUACGGCGAGACGUACAAUACCAUCGCACGGAUCUACUGGCAUGCGGGGGACAAGCGGACGGCGGAGCGGUAUGCGCGGUUGAGCCUGAGAACUCUAGGGGAGCAGGGGUAUAUUGAUGAUCGUGAAGAACAUUUGGAAACAUUGCUAAAGACGUUUGAAGAGCCUUGA